AUGAUUCUCAGGCAGCUGAUUACAAGCGCACGUCACCCACGGCUCGCCGCGUGGGUGGCGCCCGCCUGGCCAACCGGGCAUGCCAGCGAUGCCACGCUUGCUUCCUCCGCUGCGGCACCGCCCUCCAGCCCGGGCCAGCAGCCGCCUGUCCUGGUGGAGGACCGCGGCACGCAUGCUAUCAUCACCCUGAAUAGACCCAAGGCGCUCAACGCGCUGUCGGCCGAGCUCUGCCACGCGCUGCUGUCGGCGGUGCGCUCCCUGGAUGGCGACCCCCGCCUGGGCGCCAUCGUCAUCACGGGCAGCGGGCGCGCGUUCGCGGCAGGGGUGGACAUAAAGGAGCUGGAGGGGCUCAGCCAGGAGCAGCCACGCGCCAGCGUGCCGCGCCUCACCGACGACACGGCGCGGCAGGUGCGCCCCGUAGAGCUGCUGGACGGCCUCGCGGCCGUGGCCACCCCGCUGGUGGCCGCGGUCAACGGCUAUGCGCUGGGCGGCGGCUGCGAGCUGGCCCUGAUGUGUGACAUCAUCGUGGCAGGGGAGGCGGCGGUGUUUGGACUGCCCGAGCUGCAGCUGGGGGUGAUGCCCGCAAUGGGGGGCACCCAACGGCUGCCGCGGCUGGUGGGGCGGCCCCUGGCUAUGGACGUCGUGCUCACGGGGCGCAGGCUCACUGCCCAGGAGGCGCUGGCCGCCGGCCUCGUCAGCCGCGUGGUGCAAGACCCCGUCGCGGUAGCUUCAGCGAUCGCGGCGCGUGUCGCGUCGUCGACGCCAGCCGGCGCGGCGGCGCGCGCCAAGGCGGCGGUGCGGGCGUCCGAGGCGCUGCCAAUUGCGGAGGGGCUGGCGCUGGAGCGGGAGUUGUUUUACUCGUGCUUUGGGCCUGAGCAGAAAGAGGGGAUGGCGGCGUUCAGGGAAAAGCGGCCACCCAAGUUCCGGUGA